AACCGUUCAUUUUGACCUACUGAUCAAACAUGAUUCAUUUAUGUACAGAUAAUUUCCAGUGUUCGUGCUAUACAUUUGAUGGAAGACCUAAGUCCUGGUCGUACGGCAGACAGCAGUGUAGAACACAAGGAGGGGACCUGGUUUCUAUGGAAACGGUAGAAGAAUGGGAGUUGAUCAAUACACAGAUUCAGAAUAGAACAGCAGGGAACUUUGAUGAAUGGUGGAUUGGUCUUGAGAAGAGAGAUGGAAGAUGGGUAUGGUUGAGUAACCACACCCUGACAUACAACAAGUGGCAACCACACGAACCUAGUAAUAGAACGAACGAAAAGUGUAGCGUCAUGGCAAAGAAUUAUCCUGCAAACAAGUAUGGACUUUUUGGUGAUACUAGAUGUGAUUUAUGGAGAGGAUGGAUUUGUGAAUACAAAAUAAAGGUAACGGCCAACUGCAACGAAACUCAAGUAAGUAGGUGUAGUGACGAAACGACUCCCGUCACAUCGAUAACCGAAUCAACAACAACACCUGACCAGAAAACAAAACUAACUAGCGAGUCAAUCUCGACAACAGUAAUACAACCUACAUCAAAGACAACCAUGACUUAUCCAAAUGUCAAGGCUUCGUCAACAAAAACAAUGACAGAUAAAGAAAGAAUAGCAACCAGUAAAUAUUCCAUACCAACAACACCAUACCAGAAAGAUACAAAAAUGCCAACAACUACAGAAACAGAUAAAGGUACAACAGCAACAGACGUCUCACUUACCACGAAGAAGCCUCUUCCAACCCUGACUAUYAUCAUUGCCAUACUUGUUGUUGUUCUGGUGGUGUUUCUCUGCUGUGUAGUGCUCUGUGUCUAUGGAUGGAAUCUAAAACGAAAAGGAAAACCAAAAACAAGAGUUAAACACGAUGAGACAAACACUGAGCACAACACCAGUGACGUCAUGGCAGGUUCAUCCAGCGGUUUACAAGUAAGUGAACACGAACUGAAAGUCAUUGUCAUCCAGCCUAACAACGCAUGCGCACAGAAGGAUAGUCACGCAACAACACACGGGAAUGCUUUAGACAAAAGUAAUGCUACCAAAGAGGUUACUAGCUGCCUGGUAUCUCACAUCAUCCAUGAUGCAUUGGAGAUGCGUAAGCAUAACAACAUGACGUCACUCGAAUCAACUGGCAAAGAUUCCAGCCAAAACAAAGAUAAAGCUGACCACAGCAACCCCACUGACAAAUCUCCACAAGAAGAAAGUGACUUACCACCGGAUGAUACAGUCGACAAAGAGAACACUAAAGUGCCAGACAUCUGCGCGACUGUCGGGAAGUCAAAGAAAAAGAGCAAGAUAACAGAGGUGGUUUAUGCAGAAGUGAACAAAAGCAUUAAAAACACAGCGGAUCAACGUCAAGAUUUGGUUACAUAUGCUGAACUGGCAGAGUUUAACCAUGAUGCAACACAAAGCGUUCCAAAAGUACCACCACCCUACCAACCCACAGAAUAUGCUAGUGUCUCAAACAUUACAGUCAGAAGCCAAACCAAGUGAACGAACCACACCACCACCCUACCACCCCACAGAAUAUGCUAGUGUCUCAAACAUUACAGUCAGAUGUCAAACCAAGUGAACGAACCACACCACCACCCUACCACCCCUGACCAGGUGUCAUAUUCAGGAUUUUACAAUAAGAAAACAAUUUUAAGAAUUUACUUUGAACAUAUUUACACAAAUUAAUAGUUCGCAAAGCGGAAAAUAUUUUCUUUAAUCAGUUGCCAAGUGACAGUGUUUAUAGAAUAGUGAUUAAAGAGAUAGUAACUGA